CACAGGGGUUAAAGUCUCAGCACUGUCAAGCUAGCCCCAGCCACUGUGGUGAGACUUUGCUCCCUGGCCCAGAGAGGCGACCGGCAAGGUACAGCAGACCUCUCUGGUCUCACCUGCUGCUCCCCUCAGCAGUGUAUAUCAAUAGAUCUGCCUGUUCUGCUCCCUACUCUGUCUCUGAUAAGUCCUCUCACAACCAUUUCCUGCCCCUCUGACCUACAUACACCCUAGUUCUUGUAUGCAUAAGUAAAUAAAAUAUAUCCUUUAAAAAUUGCAUUCCUAAUUUUUAAAUGCAUCCUUAAAGCUUAGUACAAACGUGUGGGGCUGGUGCCAGUGUUGCUGUGUUCUGAUGCAGCCUGGGGCUCCCGCAGGCUGCACCCCCACGUGCCCCGGUCCGUGGUGCCCCGGUCAGUGGUGCCCCACUGAGUUUGGCCCGUAGGAGGCCCUAGUGUUAGGCCAGAGGGCAGGAAGGAGGACGGCCCUAGAAUAUUCCCCGCUCUGCUUCAGGUGGCUUUUCCGGCAGUGGCUAUCGCUCCUCUUAGGAAAUGGCGGUGGUUCCAGCAUCCCCGAGCGAUCCCGAUCCCUCAGCUCACCCCAGUCACCCGUGACAAUUGCUGGGGGCCUCCCCCUGGUUAGCCUCUCAACCCCUCCCUCACCCGUGCAAUGGGUUUCCUCCAUCUAGACACUUAGACUGAAGUCUGUCCUGCUGGCCAGGCCCUUUCACACUCGGAUUUCCUACCCUUGUCACUAAGCUAAAAGCUGCCUUCCAGCGAGCAGCCUUGUGUAAACCCUGCACAAAUCUAAGACGUAUCUCGCAGCAACCGUUGAUGCCAUGGCGAUGCCAGCACAGCCACACUCCCUGCUUACUCCUUCUCUGCUCAGGGACGACGGAAACCAGAUAGUCUACCAAAGCCCCCAGCUCCCAGAGCAGACAGAGCCCAAGAUGACAGCUCCGAAAGUCGGGGUGGAUGUCCUCACUGUGGCGCCGCUCUACCAGGGCUCCGACAUCAACAGAAUCAGACUGACAGCAGAGUGGGCCAAAAAGCCACCCACCCACCUCAAACCCUUGCUUUUCUCCGACACCAAACACACCACCAUCGAAGCCAAGAGGAUCAUGUGUGUAGUGGAUGAGACCAUCCACAAGGUGGAGCUGGUGACCCUGCUGUCUCACGUGGCCCCCAGCUUGGAUGUGCUGGAGGGCUUGCUGCAAGAGGACAUCGUGAAGGCUCUGAGAGAGCAUGAAGACCUCUGCCAGAGCCUCCAGGUCAACCUCGAGCACCUGAAGAAUGAAAUGCAGGAAGAGGACAAGGACGAAGAAGGGUGGCCCGAAGACCGUGUCACCUCCUUGGAGCAGCAGAAAUUCACGGUAUCAUCCAUCAUGCAACAGAUCAAAGACUCCACCAAGAACAUCUUGAGACUGUUGCUCAAUAACCCCCAGGCUGCCAGGCUCUUGAAGGCGCAGAUACUGGGCCGAAGUGCAGAGGCCCAGAAGUUUAUUGACAGCUUGAUAGAACUCCGGGGGUUCCUGUUUGAGAAGCUACUCACUAGUCCCACGGAAGCACGAGAAAAGGCCCAGUUCAUACAGGACAUCAGCAGGCGGAACAGGAGGAACCAAGAGAUCAUCGACGGGCUUGAAAAGGACUUGGCGGAGAGCAUGAGGAGCAGGGAUAAAGAGUUGGAGAAGGACAACUUCGUGAUCCAAGAACUGAAAAACCACCUCUACCAGGUGCUCAAGUUCUCAGAGAACAGCCUGCUCCGCACCAAGCAGGAGGCAGAGAAGCAGCAGAAGGCAGACUUCCGGGCCUCCCAGGCCCGGGUGGCCAAGAUCCAGCAGGAGAUCCUGAUGCUGCGGUCACAGUUCAACAGCCUGGUCACGGAGAACUGGGAGGCGGAGCAGGCGCUGAGAAAGAAGAAAUAUAAAGUGGAAACAGAAAUCCAGAACUGGAUCCAGAAGUAUGAUACAGAGAUGAGUGAAAAGCAGGAGGAGUACGAGGAGCUGGACGCCAUCCACAAGGAGGAGAAGGUGCAGCUGCAGGAGCUGAGGCAGAGGCACACCGUGCUGGUGGAAGAGUUCGCGCAGAUCCAGGCGGAGCGGGAGGUGAACUCCAAGAAGAGGCUGGAGGCCGAGCAGGAGAUGGUGCGCAUGGUCCGCGCCGCCACCCUCAUCCAGGCCGUGUGGAAGGGCUACCUGGUCCGCUCCAUGCUCCGGUCCAAGAGGAAGAAGCGGGGCAAGGGCAAGGGCAAGGAGAAGGGCAAGGCCAAGGGCAAGGCCAAGGCCAAGGGCAAGAAGUGACCUCCGCCCUGCGGCCGCCCGCUCGCCGCUCGCCCCACACCCGGGCAGGCCAGGGAGCGCCCGCACGGGGGUCUGCUCGCCACAGCUCCAGGGCUCCUUAAGGCCAGCAAGUAUUUUAAACUGCCUCCUGUAAUAAACCUCACUUCACCCAGG